CACGGUGCUCCCUGUCGAUGUGCUGAUGAUUCUGCGCUCACUAACCGGCAUGGAACAGCGGCAACGCCAAGGACCUUUAACACGCAAGUGCCCUUCCUCCACCCCAACUGCUUCAAAAACGACUUGUCCAUCCAUGCAUGAUGCAACCAUCACGUAUGUAUGAGCCAAGUCCGCCCCCGUUGCCGUGCGUCCUUGAAAUUCCAGAUACCGAUGACUCUCUCACUCUCACGCUCUCAUCAGCUGCUGUAUGCACAUGCAUCACGCACCCUCCUCUCUCUUUGCCUGGCAGUGACGGAUCCAUCUAUGCAACGCCCCUGGCACGUACGUUCAUCGCCCGCACCCCUGGCACGUGUACGUUCAUCGCAUCGUCGGCAUCAUUAGACAUGCACCCCUCACCAGCGAUUCUCAAGCCCUCACCCCUUGGGCUCGAGAACCGCCACAGCUGAGGCAACCCCAACACAUCACACAGACUGUCCAUGAUGAUGAUGCUCUUAAAAAGGAAAAUUUUCCACUGACGCCCCUGGCACGUGUACAUACAUUGCAUCGUCGGCAUAUUGGACAUGCACCCCUCACCGGCGACUCUCAAGCCCUCACCCCUUGGGCUAGAAAAAACGCCGGAGCUGACAACGAACAGCCCGACUCAUCAAAAGAGAAUGAAAUGCCAUGUAAAAAGCAGGGGUACAAGCACCUCGUCUGUCCACUAGCUACAGGGACACCUCCAUCUGAUGCCCCUCGUCAUCACCCUCGUCAACCAUUCAUGAGAACAUGUUGGUACAUACGUUGUGGAAUGAGUGGGGGGGUGGGCAUGCGAGAGAAGGGGCUUAAACCAGUGAGUAGCAGGCUACUUUUCCACGUGGGGUCUCUUGACGAGGCAGUUGCGGAAUCCCCCCUCAAUCUCAGCACGGUCGAGGUUUCUGCACACGCAACACACAACAUAUGCAUUGCGGUCACCUCACCCCCGCGAAUUCGAUUCGAGGACUGACCUGCCAAUGAAGACCAGCUUGCACCCACGAGUCUCGGAUGGCUUCCACUCGUCCUGCGGGAUGCCGCUGCAAGAAGGUGACAUGACAGGGGGAGCAUGAUCGAUGAAUGAGCAGCAAGCGAUGUCCGUAGUCACCUGAAGAGCAUGUGGAUGCCCUGGAAUACGAACUUCGAAUCGCUCCCUUGCACGGCCAGCACUCCCUUCAUGCUGCACGCACGGGCCAGAGUGACAGCCACUUACUCCUUCCUGUGUCGAACCUCUCGGCCUACCGGAAGAUAUCUACGCCCUUGUUCUUCAGGAUGUCCCCGAGCCAGGCGUUCAGUUUGCCCUCAUCCACCUCGCCGACCAGGUCGAUACCGAUGCUCGUCACCGACUCGUCGUGCUGCGUGCACGCACACCGACCGGCCCACGUGACACGUGUACAUGUAUGUAUGUAUGUAUGUGUGCAACAUGCCGGUGGGGGCAUGUACUCGUCGCACAGACCUGGUGCUCCUGGCCAUCCUUCAGAAACUCACUGUCCAUAUCGAGGACCUGGGGGACACGGAUGAUGGGACAGUAAAGCGAUGAUCGACCCACGUGUGAGUGAGCACCUUGUCGAGCGAGAACGCACGGAUGCCAAGGAUGCCCUUGAUGGUGCUCUCCAAGUUAGUGGUCACGUUGAGCGACGUCUUGACGAUUGGAGCGAAGCUGUUGAUGGCGCGAAUCCUCUCCUCGACCUGGGACAGGUACGGCGCAUCGACGAGGUCGAUCUUGUUGAGCAAAAUGCGGUCCGAAAACGCGAGCUGCGGACACACGCACAUACACGUAUUCCGCGGAGGCACGGGAAUGCAGCGAGCGAGGGAUGGAUGGAGAUUGGCGUACGCACCUGCUCGAUGGCCUCGUUCUCUACGCCCUCAGGUUUCUCGUCGUCCAAGUGCUGGAUGAUGUGCUUGGCGUCGACGACGGUCUGCACACACCCGAGGCGGAGGACACACAGAGAGUGCAGGUGUGGUGCGAUCAGCUUGCGUCGCCUUACCACUAUACCAUCCAGACGAAUUCUCGCCUGGAUGUAGUCGUCGACCUGAGUGUUUUAAGUAAGGACAUGGUAUGGAUGGAUGGAUGGAUGGGGCGUGUGGACAAGUGAGACGGAUACGCAUGCGUACGAAGAAUGUCUGAGCAACAGGUGCGGGAUCCGCCAGGCCUGAUGGAUGGCAAACAGUCGGGUUGCUAAUGCCCACUGCCCACUCCGUUCUCGCCGGACAUGUCGUACGUACCUGUGGUCUCUAUCAGGAUGUGGUCGACACGUCCAUCGGCGCGGCCGCUGCAGACACACAGCGGACAAAGUGCACUCGGCGUGAAUUAUCUACCAGUCGUUCCACGGCUCCAAUGCAGGUACCUCUUGAGGAUCUUCUUGAGCCCCUCCACCAGGUCGCCACGGACUGUGCAGCAGAUGCAGCCAUUGUUCCUGACGCACGCACAGCACGGGGCAAGAGGCGGGUGAGGGGAGGACAUGAGUUGAGUGGGUGGUGGGGUACGUACGCACAUUUCUAUGAUCGUCUCCUCCUCCUUGAGGGCUUUCGUCACGAGAGCGUCAUCGAUGCCAACCUCGCCGAACUCAUUCUGUCCCAUACACACACACCGCACAACACACAUGUCCCACACGCACAUGACUCGACGCUGUGGUUUCUCUCCGCACCUCGAUGAUAGCGAUGCGCUUGUCGCCCUUCCAGUCGCGCAGGAUAUGGUUGAGCUGCAUUGCAUGGAGGACAGAACACCCGUAUGCAUGGUAAACUCUUGCGCAAGCCACACCCCCAACACAGCGGCAUACCAAUGUCGUCUUGCCACUGCCCAGGAAGCCUUGGAUGAGGAUGCGCACGAUUGACAUCAAGUGAACGAAAAGGAAUGUGGAGAGACAUUUGUUUGUGUUUGUCUGCAUUCCUCAUGCACCUGUCAGCACAGUGGCUGGGAUCUUGGCGUCCUCCUGCUGUGUGUAGCUCUUGCCCUCCAUCGCCAUGACUUCCUCGGUCUCCUGACGCAGCUCCUUGGCACGCUCAUGAUCAGGCGCCACCGAGAUGACGGCAUCCAGCUCGAGCUUGGCCCUCUUGUUAGCACCGAGAUUGCUGAGCACCUCCGAUCGCGUCAGGAACAGCGGCACGAGCUCGGGUACCACCUUGGCGUCGCCGGCCUUCUGGCGCACGGCCUCGAGGAACUUCUUCGGGUCUGCGCAAAGGCAAACAAACAAGACCUGCGACGGGGCGACCGACGCCACUCACUCAUCAAGCUCACCGCGCAUGGAAAUGGACUCCAAGCCCAAGGAUGCACCGUACUCGUCGAUGGCUUUGUUGAUGAUCUGGAUGGCCUGAUGGAGGGGGAGGGGGGGAGGGCAGACAGGGUGCAUGAAGGAGGUGCAGAGGGGAGCGGCCCUCAGUACGUACGUACCAUGAAGUAGUCGUUAUCCACCUUGAGGGCCGCCUCUGCUGCCGCAGCAAGGUCCUUCCACGAGGUAGCGGCAUUGGUGAGCUUGUCCAUCAUUUCCUUGACUCUGCUCAUCAUGCUGUUGGCGAAACCUGACAUGGUGGAGACGGUCAGGAGCGUGGGCGUGUCGACUUUUGCCUGUCCCAG